AUGGUGAAACGCAAAGUUGCCAUGCAAUCAAUGAUGAAAGAAACGGAUGAAACAGAGAAAAUCAUUAUUGAAGGGUCCUCAGAGAACACAACCCAAACUGUGCGAAUGAAUACAGAUGAUAGAGUGAAGCAAUCCAUCCACCAUAAUCCAUCGACGACGAGAGAUACCGAGGAGUUAGAAAGGAAGGCAAUAUCUUGCUUCCGAAGCUUCAUCUUACUAGUGAUGCUGGGCGCAACAGUAGCAGCAGGGGUUGGGGCAUGGGUACAUCUCGGGCGAAGCGAAGAGAGAAACUUUCAAAGUGAUCUGAAUAUUAUAGUGGAAGACAUUCGUGCUCUCAGCCAAGACCGGGUCUCAGCUCUUGUUACUCACAGCCAAUCGCUUGCACUGGCUUUUACUGCCCUUGCCAAAAACGCGAAAGCAGAAUGGCCAUACUAUACUGAAUUGAAUUUUCCGCUCAUUGCUUCAAACUUCCUGAGGGCAACGGGGUCGCACAUGGUCCUUCUGUCCCCAAUUGUCCAUAACCAGACUGGUUAUGUCAAGUGGUCGAACUAUUCCCAAGCAAACCAACAAUGGAUCCAAGCCGGGAUUGAGUUUCAAGAGGAAACCCAAGCACGAAUGUUUGGUGAAAGUACAAGUCACCGUGAUCAAGAUCAUCGCCAUCAUGACCAUAAAGCACCAGCCAUCCCAUCGAUUUUCCCACACAUCUUCCGUUUGGCAGAAGGCAAAGCAGUGGUGGAUGAUAGCACUGGUCCUUUCCUACCGUCAUGGCAGAUGGCAGACGCUCCAACAAAUCCAACUGUCGUCAACUAUAAUCUUUUGUCUGAUAACCACUUUGCGGAUGUGUUUGAUGCAGUUCUGAGUACGGAUUCUCCAACAAUGACUGAUAUUCUCAGUGUUAGUUUGCUGGAAUGGGAAAAACUUCUUGCUAGUGAUAAGUAUCAACACGGCCACUCGGACGCUCCAUUCAACAUGCUUCUGUGUCCGGUGCACAGGGAUGUCGAGAACGAAGAAGUUGUUGGAAUCUUGAUGUCUGAUGUAAACUGGCUUCCCCUCUUUGCACUCGCAAGUGACGAAGAAAUACCAGCAGUUCAUGUGGUGGUUGAUGACGGAUGCCAACGAAAGUUCACAUUGCAAGUAUCUGGAUUAAAUGUCGACUUUAUGGGGUUUGAUGACUUUCAUGAAAGUGAAUUCGAUGCAUACAAGAAGUCGUUUCCCUUCUCAUCAGAUCUUCCCUCGGUUCAUGUGGCUGGACCACAUUGUUCGUAUACCGCUCAUGUGUACCCUACGAGGGAAUUCUGGGAGGCAUACCACACGGACUCUCCUGUAUCCAGAGCUGGUAUGAUCGGUGGCGUGUUUCUCGCGAUGAGUUUCAUCCUAUGUCUAUACGACUUGGCUGUCAACAUGCGACAGAAACGGAUUCUUCGGGUUGCGGCGAGGUCCGAGGAGAUACUAUCGUUGUUGUAUCCGAAGAACAUUCGGGACAGGCUUUUUAGCGAUAAGAUGGGAACAGAAAAAACGCUUGACAUGUCAAGUAAAAGCUUAGAAGGAAACUUCUUAUCUGGUACAAAGCAUCAGUUGAAGUCCUUCCUGGGAAGCGCCCCCACAGGAAUACUGCACUGCCAAGACAGUUUCGAUUCAAAGCCCAUUGCAGAUCUAUUCCUAGAUACCACAGUUUUUUGUGCUGAUAUUGCUGGGUUUACAGCAUGGAGCUCUGUCCGAGAACCAACCCAAGUCUUUACUUUGCUUGAAUCUGUAUUCUGCUCCUUCGAUAAGAUCGCCAGAAAGAGAAAUGUAUUCAAAGUUGAGACAGUAGGAGAUUCCUACGUUGCAGUGACCGGUUUGCCUGAGCCAACCAAGGACCACGCAAGUAUCAUGGCAUUGUUCGCGCGAGAAUGUGUAGCACGCUUUGGCCAACUGGUGGGUACACUUGAGACAACUCUGGGACCAGAGACCGGCGAUCUUGGCAUUCGUGUCGGAUUGCAUAGUGGACCAGUGACCGCCGGGGUGCUUCGAGGAGACAAAUCGCGUUUCCAGCUCUUUGGGGAUACUGUCAACACGGCUGCAAGAAUCGAGUCUACUGGCAAACGCAAUAGGAUCCAAGUUUCAAGCGAGACUGCAAGUCUGUUGAGAAAGGCUGGUAAAGCGGAUUGGCUUUUGUUGCGAGAAGGAAGGGUCUGCGCAAAAGGCAAGGGGAGUCUUCAGACGUAUUGGUUGCUCACACGGAAAGAAGAAGCGGGGGGAGUUCGAGAACCUUCUUUGCGACGAGAGAUGGUGAAACCCCUUCCAACGAGUAUUGUCAAGCCUGGCGUCAGAUUGAGUGCUUCCUCUUUUGCGCACAUUGAACAGAUGCUUUCGCCGAGAUUGAGACGGCUCUGCCAACUUGAAGCACAAAUCAGCGAGGAGCAUAUUGUUUUGGAGGAACUCGUUGACGUGAUUGCACUUCCUGGCUUUGAUCCUGUGGUGCACCAACGAAUACAAAAUCCAGAGGAUGUUAUAUUGUCUAAAGAAGUGGUGGACCAGAUUCGGCUCUUUGUGGUCUGCAUAGCGGGCAUGUAUCAUGCAAACCCUUUUCACAACUUUGACCACGCUAGUCACGUGAUGAUGUCCGUAUCCAAGUUGCUUUCCAGGAUUGUAGGUGAAAAUGAUGAUAUGAUGGAAGGUCAGAAAGCUAAUGACGACAAUACGUAUGGCAUCACAUCUGAUCCAAUGACCCAUUUCAGUGUGGUUCUUGCAGCCUUGGUACAUGACAUUGAUCACUUGGGAGUUUCCAAUAGCCAAUUGGUGCAGGAGGGACACGAACUUGCCGGUCGUUUCCAAAAUAGAAGUGUCGCCGAGCAAAACUCGACCGUUUUGGCCUGGGAUUUGUUGAUGGACGCUCGCUUUGAUGCCUUUCGACGCACCAUAUACGUCGAUCAAUUUGAACUGAAACGUUUCCGUCAACUCAUGGCGAAUACAGUGCUUGCGACUGAUAUUAUGGACAAGGAACUCCAAACAUUGCGCCGAAACCGUUGGAACUGUGCCUUUAGCAGCAACGAUAUAAUAACAACAACAACAACAACAAGAGAGAAUGUGAAUCGAAAAGCCACAAUUGUGAUUGAGCAUUUGAUUCAAGCUUCCGAUGUCUCACAUACCAUGCAACAUUGGCACAUUUAUUGCAAAUGGAACGAACGCCUUUUUGAAGAAAUGACCGUGGCCUACCAGGCUGAUCGUUUCAGUAAAAAUCCAGCGGAAUUCUGGUACGAGGGGGAAUUGUCGUUUUUCGACAAUUAUGUGAUUCCAUUGGCAAAGAAGUUGAAAGAUUGCGGAGUCUUUGGUGUAUCUAGCGACGAAUACCUCAAUUAUGCCAUGGAAAAUCGACAAGAAUGGAAGGAAAAGGGACGAGAGAUUGUCGCGGAGAUGGUGCAACGAUAUCAUGAAUGA